CUUUGUUGUAAUUUGUCGUACUUUCUCAAAGGGGAUUAUCAAGCUGAGAAGAAUCCUGUUCAGAAGCAUCCCUUCCCUCCACAUUAUUCAUUUGGACUGCGCACACCCUACGGCAAAAACGACAACAAUCCAGCUCCAAAUAACUACAACAUGCCUGUGAUUCUUGGCCCCAAGUCUGUGGGAAAGAAGUCCUCAGCUGCUUUCUCCAUGACAAGUAGAUCAAAGAUUGGAAGUUUUCAUGAGGAUUUGCAAAAGACCCCGGGACCAGGCACAUAUAAAGUGAUUGACCCGAAUAUCUACAAAGAUAGGAAGCCAAUCUUUUCAAUGAAUGCUCGUAACUACGCACCUGGCGAUAGAACCUUGAAACCAGGACCUGGAGCUCAUAGACCAGAAAUGUUCUGGGUACACAGGAAGAAAGCUCCCAGUUUUCAUUUUGGUAUCAGGCAUUCUGAGUACAUUGCACCACUGAUUGUGGAUCCUAUUGAUUAACUCAGAUUUCCUGCCCUUUCUUAUGAUUACAGUCUAGUUCCAGAAUAUAAACCAUAUCCCACUCCCUCAAUAAAUCACUUGGGCACCAUCCACACUACACCAGGAGAAAGUUGAAAACGUAGCUUUAUUUAGCCUCCGAACAGAUUCCUGGCGACGAUGGAAAAAAAAUUUGGCCAGCACAAAACAGAAGAAUGAGCAAAGCAAUCGGGUGGGACACGCUCACUGGGAGCCUGUUCGCAAGCUGAGCUUUAUUCCACAGUAGGCCAGCUUUUCUAAAACGAUCCUCAGACAGACAGAAUUUGAAAAUGCUGGCUUUGUGUUUAAGAGUGAAUGGAAAACAUUUGAAAACGGAGCUUUUCCAAAACAAUGACUUCAUGAUAAUUAUGUGAUGUCCCUGUUUGGUUUAUGGUUUAACUUUCUGGAACAAGACAUCUGUUAAAAAAAAAAUCACCAUUCAUUCAGUUAUAAUUUAACUACCGUCAAUCAAAGUUAAUGUUGAUAUAAUUUGCGAAAGAAUAUUUUAAGAAUUUGUUGCUUUUUAACCUAGGUGUACGAUUUGUACCUGAAAGAAUAGACAACGAAGUAAACAGUUGAAGGCCGUUUGGAGCAAAAUGUAAUAUAUAUACAACUGUUGUCAUUUCUGUCUCUCUUUAGGGUAUAUUUCGGAUACAGCUCAUGCACUGAAACUGAAAAUUCAAAGAAUUAACUGAAAUGUCUGCUUGCAAAAUAGUUGCAAAAUAAACAGCACUACUCAGUAGCUUUCAUUUGAAUGGUCGCACAGUAGGGUUUCAUCCACCUUGUACAGCAUAAUAAACCGUACCACAUGAAAGUACUGCUUAAUAGCUUUGAAUUGAAUGGUCGCACACUAGACGUUUAUCCGAAGACUGAAACAUUAGGAGCAGCCCAGUUUUGUCUCUGAAACUGUCUGUUAAAGCCAAUAUUAAUUUUGUAAAUAUUUUAGAUGUCUGAUUGUUAAGUAAUACUUUACGUAAAUCUCUAUGGAACUAACAAAAAAGGAAAUUAAACAAACGACAGGGAUUUCUCCAACAAUUAUCUCAAAUCCAAAAGUAAACCUUUUAAGAUCGUUAAUACAUUAUUUUUAUUUUUUUUUUAACCACAAGUGUUGGUGGUUGUUUAAGCUCUUUGCUGCCUUUUGUAGUUAAUCUAAUUUAUGUUGUAUGGUUCAGUCUUUAACACAGUCCUUUAGCCAUGUAGUAAAGAUAUUUUAGAGUCUUUAUUUUUAUCACGAGAGUGCUACAGCUUUGUGUAUAAAGAAAGCUUUAAUGGUUGUGUGCACGUAAUAAAUUUUUAUUGAAAGUCA